AUGGCGGACACGAAGAUGUCACUAUUUCUGGAAGGCAUCUGGGUCAUUUUUAGUGUUUUCUACUCCAUAAUACGAUCGAUUUUUUCAUGGAUAUUGCCAGCACGACUCAAGGACAUUAGUGACGACGUUGUGUUGAUAACCGGCGGUGGAAGGGGAAUCGGUCGAGCAUUAGCGAUCGAAUUCGCAAAACAGGGUUGCAAAAAAAUUGUGUUAUGGGGUCGUACUGCAGAAACACUUUUAUCAACAUCGAAUGCUGCGGCAGAAUACGGUGCCAAGGUGUUCUUAUAUGUGUGUGAUGUCAGUGAAAAAGAUGAAGUAUACCAACAAGCAAAAAAGGUAGAGUCAGAAGUUGGACCAGUCACUAUCUUAGUAAAUAAUGCCGGUGUUGUGCAUAGUAAUAAAUCAUUGGUUGAAGCCAAAGAUGAAGACAUUAUGAAAACAAUACAAACAAAUAUAUUUGGCCAUAUUUGGACUUGUAAAGCUUUUCUUCCCUCUAUGAUGGACAGAAAUCAUGGCCAUAUUGUUACGAUGAGUUCAGUUUUGGCAAAUCAAGCGCUUCCCGGUGCUGGAGCAUACAGUGCUUCCAAGGCUGCCAAUGUUGGGUUUGCUGAAUCUUUAAUUCAAGAAAUUCAUUCCAAAAGGCGAUAUGGCAUUCACAGCACCAUUGUUUGUCCGUAUAUUGUCCAAACUGGUAUGUUUAAAGGUGUAAACACACGAUUUCCUCUGUUAUUUCCACGCUUAACCUCAGAAUAUGUUGCAGAGAAGAUUGUCCAUGCUGUUAGAAAAAAUCAGCAAUUACUGAUGAUUCCCCGGAUUAUGUAUUUCAGUGGAAUUGUGAAAAGUCUUUUACCAACAUUAGCAUGGAAGCAGAUACUGAAAAUGACAGGAUCACUGGUUGCUAUGGAGACAUUUGUCGGCCAUGAAGGUGGAGAUAAAAAUUAG